UAUAUUGAUUAUUGUGGUGGAGACUCCGUCUCAUUGCUCCACUUUGCUUUUGGGUUCUAGUUAAAGCUUUGAGUGGCUCCCUUUCGCCUUGUCUUCUCUGUCACUCUCACUGUAAACAGCUGACGGGAUAUAGGAUUGGGUGGCCUAAUGGAAGUGGGUGUAGUGGGAUCGCCCGUCAAGUCCAAGGAGACUGUGUCUAUGACCAUUUUUUCCUGCCGAUCGAAUUGAGUUUUCUGUAUUUAAACCCAAUUUCGGCCGAGAAUAAGAGAAUCGGUGGUCCAGGUUUUGUGUGGCCUUUUCUUGAUUUCAUUUCCUUAAAAUCCAGGCCAUGAAGACUGAUGGGUUUGGUGUUUCUUGAAGCCUAGUUUUGUAUAAAUCUGCCAUUUGGUAGUCACUCGUCAGAGAAAAAGGAACAAACCCUGUUCUUUUGAGCAAGAUGGGUGUAAAGAAGCAAUCCUUGCCGGUAUCAACCAUGAAGGUUAUCCUCAAAUCCCUGAUGUGGGCAAUUUUCAUUGCCUGGGUCACUUUCCUAUUCCUUUUUCCACUGGAAUCUGUUAAUUCCUGGUAUUUUGAGUUUCUUGCUGCUUCUGGAGGGACUGUCUAUGGACAUGCAGCGGGUGUGUUUCUGAUAUUCAGUGCACCAAUUAUCGUGAUCGCAUUUCUCGCCAUAGCAUAUCUUGCCAUCUCUGGGGAAGAAGAAUUUCAAGAGAAGAAGCCGUCAAAACAUACGGGUUUCAGGUUGAAGACGUUCCCAGUUAUUGUGGAUGGACCAUUUGGGGUUAUUACUGCUGCUGAACUGAUUGGCAUAAUCCUAUUUUAUGCGCUUAUCGUCUGGUCUGUUUGUGUUUAUACUGUACGGAACCUUAACUCUCUCUCUGGGGUCCGACUAACUUUGAGAGAAAAAAGCUCUGAAGUGCUAGAGUUGACUGGAUUGCGCUUCGGUGGGAUUGGGAUAUUUUGCUUGGCAUUUUUGUUUCUCCCAGUUGCAAGGGGAUCAAUUCUUCUCCGCCUUGUGAAUAUCCCUUUUGAGCACGGAGCUAGAUAUCAUGUAUGGUUGGGACAUCUCACCAUGACAGUGUUUACUCUCCAUGGACUGUUCUAUAUCGCAGCAUGGUCAUUGGAAGGUUCUGGCCGUGAAAAGAUAACAGAGUGGAACAAUGGUGGUGUGGCGAACUUUGCCGGAGUUAUCAGCCUUAUAGCUGGUUUAUGCAUGUGGGUGACAUCUCUUGCGCCAGUGAGGAGGCAAAAAUUUGAAUUGUUCUUCUACACUCAUCAAUUAUACAUAGUCUUUGUUGUCUUCAUGGCCCUGCAUCUUGGUGACUUCCUUUUCAAUUUAGCCGGUGGAUCAAUAUUUCUCUUCAUCCUUGACCGCUUUCUGAGGUUUUGUCAAUCACGAAGGACUGUUAGUGUAGUAUCAGCAACUUGCCUUCCCUCUGGAGCAGUGGAACUGGUUGUUUCAAAACCUGCAAAUCUGCAAUAUAAUGCCCUCAGUUUUAUUUUUCUUCAAGUACGGGAAUUAUCCUGGCUCCAGUGGCAUCCCUUCAGUGUCUCAUCAAGUCCUCUGGAUGGUAAAUAUCAUAUUUCGGUUCUCAUAAAAGUUCUUGGAGGAUGGACAGAGAAAUUAAGAGACAUCAUAGUAAAUGGUCCCAAGGAGAGCUCUGAAAUGAAACAACCCUUACAGCCGCAUCCGCACUUGACUGUUUCUGUAGAGGGGCCCUAUGGACAUGAAUCAGCAUACCACUUAACGUAUGAAAACCUGAUUUUAGUUGCAGGAGGAAUUGGAAUAUCGCCAUUCCUAGCCAUCUUGAGUGAUAUUCUUCACCGAAUUAAGGAUGGAAAACCAUGCGCACCAAGAAAUGUCUUAGUAGUUUGGGCUGUGAAAACAUCAGCUGAGCUUCCUGUUCUUUAUAGCCUUGAUAUGGAAUCAAUCUGUCCAGGUUUUUCUGACAAGCUGAAUCUUGAGAUUCAAACUUAUGUCACUCAAGAAUCAGGACCGCAGCUGGAGAAUGGUAAAAUUAGCUUGCACACGUACUCUAUUGGAUACCCUGUCUACAAUGGAUCUGGCGUUUCUUCUCUGGUUGGCACAGGAAAUAUCAUAUGGUCUGGAGCUUAUGUCAUGGCAUCGACAAUUGGGUUCAUUCUUUUGUCGGGUUUGCUAUACGGCUUCUAUCUAAAUCCUUUUGGUGUAACUUACUGGUGGUACAAAGGACUUCUAAUUGUUGUUUGCAUGGUUGCAAGUCCUGUGAUCUUUGGUGGUGUUGUGAUUGCUCUGUGGCAUCGCUGGGAAAGUAAAACUUCAGCAAGAGUGGUAGACGAAAAUGAUGGACCGAAGAUUGACCUCGUGCAGGAUAAUAAGCAAAGGGCACUCGAGGAGUUGCAUCAUCAUUAUGGUGCUAUUCCAAACAGUAUCCAGUAUGGUCACAGACCAGAUUUCAAAGAAAUCUUCCGAGUAGUAGCUGGACGUUGGGGCCCUGUUGAUAUAGGUGUCCUCGUGUGCGGCCCUCCAAGCCUCGACUCGAGUGUCGCUAAGGAGUGCAGGUCCCGGACUUUGAGGAGACGCAGCCAUCAGCCAAUCUUCCAUUUCAACAACCAUAGCUUCGAGCUAUAAGCCUGUAACUACUCCCUCAUCUCCUGCCUAUAGAUAUGUUUCAUAGCGCUGUGUUAUGCAAGAGCUGCCUGCCCACUAUUAUGGCUGCUGUAGUUGAACCUCUCUGGAUGCACAUAAAUAUGCAGAGCUGUAGCUACAUGAAUACAUGCAACUAUGCAUGCUUAUGUAUAGCCAUAUAUAGGAGUUGGCAGAGAGAGAGAGAGAGAGAGAUGAAUUAAGGAAUAUGCAUGGUUGUGGAUCCAGGUGACCUCUCUUGGCUGCUUCAUGUUGUACUGAUGUUGUAUGUAGCUUGUCUCCUGUCCUGUUAAAGUUAUAUAUUUGAAUGUAGAUGCAGUUUCCCUACAGAA